AUGGUCACCCUGAUGCCUUCCCAACUUAACGGGGUCGGGAUUCCCAUCCGACCCGCAAAGCAACAGCAGCAGCAACAACAACAACAACAACAGCAGCAAGACCACUCAAAUCACCACUACCACGGCGACUCGGCAGUCUACAGCACCGUAAGAACGCACAAGCACUCGCGCUCCUCAUACUCUGAGUCGUCUCCGCUGGCGGCUUCGAGAAACAACUCGUUGACCUUCCGCCCCUUCAAGCGUCCGAUGCCCACCCCUAACAAGACCAUUGCAGUCAUCAACGCCGCCGGUCGCCAGGCUGCCUCUUUCAUCAGAGUCGCCACCGCCGUUGGCUACCAUGUCCGCGCCCAGCUGAGGAAUCUUGAGGGUGUUGUGGCAACCGAAGUCAACUCAAAUCCCAACGUCACUGUCCUCGUCGGCGAGCUCUACACAAGACACAAGCCUACGCCCGACAACAGAGACGUGACAACAAACGGUCCCAUCUCCGGCGUCGGCGUUAAUCAUGACUUGAUCAACGAUCUCUUCCGCGGCGUCCAGCUCGCCUUCAUCAACACCACAUUUUAUGGAGACGAGUUCCAAAUCGGCAAGGCACUCGCCGAUGCUGCAAAGAAGGCCGGCGUUCAGCACUACGUCUACUCUUCCAUGCCGGACCACGCAGCCUACAACGCCGAGUGGCCGUCGCUGCCUCUCUGGGCCGCCAAGCACCAGGUUGAGGAAUACGUGCGCAAGAUUGAGCUGCCUGCAACUUUCGUCUACACAGGCAUCUACAACAACAACUUCACCUCCCUGCCGUACCCUCUCUUCUGCAUGGAGCUCAUGCCGGACGGCUCUUUCCAAUGGCAAGCCCCUUUCCAUGAGGAUAUGAAGCUGCCUUGGCUCGAUGCCGAGCAUGAUGUUGGCCCGGCCAUCCUGCAAGUUUUCAAGGACGGCGUAUCCAAGUGGAGGACGAAGCGCGUUGCACUGGCAUGGGAGAUGCUCACCCCCCGCGAGGCCUGCGAGGUCUUUGCCAGGGGUGUUGGGCGGCCCGUGAAGUACAUUCGGGGUCCCAUCGACUUGAAGGUAAAGAUUCCCAACGGAUAUCGCCAGCAGCUCGAGGCUUUGGAGAAGCUGUUCUCGCUGGGCCACGACGACCCCAAGAAACAACCCCCCUACUUUGGUGACGCCGAGUUGGAGGAAAACUGCCUUUCCCAGUCAAUGGCCCUCUGGGAGGGUCCGCGAGGUCUCGAGGAGUACGCGCAGGAAGCUUUCCCUUUGGAAGAGCAAGCCAACGGGCUUACGUGGAUGCUGGAAGAGGAAGAAGAGGCAGCUGAAGACGAUGCGGCUCCCGUCCAUGGCACGAACAUUCCCGGCGCUCGCCAGCCCGAGCAUGAGGUACAGCAGGAAGAAGAGGACGACGAGUACUCUGAGGAUGAAGAUGAAGGUCUUACUAUGAGAGGCCUGAAGAGAGACGAAGAGGAAUGGCUUGCUUAA